AUGAACGUCCGCAAACUUCUCGAGUCGAUACCCCAGAUUCAGCGGGCUUACGAAACAGAGUCUGAUUCUGGCUGUUCGCUCAGAGCGAGAAAGAAGCACGAUCGCCACGAUGGCAGUGCGGUAAUGAUCUUCAAGGUAUCUGGCGCAGGCAGGAAGAAGAGACCAUGUGGCAUGCUUAACUGUCCGCCUUGUGGGGCCCUCUGGCGAAUGUUCCUCGAUGAUCUCGAGAGUAAGGUACCGGACUUUGUUUCAGAUCAGCCUUCCGCCUCGAGUGCGCGCAAGGCAAUGUGUGCAUCAUCUGCGGCCUCCACCACAGGCUCCACCACUUCGACCCUGACUGAACUUACUGAGAUGUCGGAGAUCUCACGGGAGCUCCUUGGUCGAGACAUGGAAUCUGGACUCCUCACACCUGCAUCAACAUCUUCUUCUGUCACACUCGACUACUCGCCAGCAGAGAAAUUGACACCCACCAAAUCUUCCAAAGGCGAGCACAAGUCAUAUGGUGUACCAUCUCCAGCCUCUUCAGUAACAUUGGCCGACUUCAACGAAGACUCGACAUCUCUAAUGGACGACCACGCACAAGAUUCUUCAUCGAUGUCGACCUUGACCGACCUUACUGAGCAUAGCCAUGGCUCCAGUGUCGGGGUCCGCUCUGCUACGUCCGUUGCGGCUUCCUCAAGCGCCAUCUCGACCUUGACCGACUUCUCCGAGGUGCAAUCUUCAUCAUCACUAUCGGCUCCAUCAAGCAGUCUCUCAUCGAUUCCACCUACCUUGUCUACAGCCACCACAAUCACAAGUCCCACCUACAAGCGAGUCAAGGUCCAGAAACGCAGAAGAAUGAUUGAGAUGUCGGAUGGCUCGAGUUGGAUACCACCAACCCUUGAGCGAGUCCAAGCAUACAUCACUUCUCAGGGCGAGCGUCGCCUGCCCAGAUCGGUGCGUGGAGUGGUCGCUUUCCAUGCUUUGCGCGGUUCGCGAGUCGGUCUUAAGUAUGAGAGUGCUAUUAUGAAGGUUGAUCGCAAGGUUGGCAAGAAGUCUGAGACUAGGGAGGAGCUGCUUGCAUUCAGGGAGAAACUGCUUGUCCAUGAGGAUGACGAUGAAGAUAUGGAAGGCUGA